AUGGAAGCUCCAGUAAGGAUCUUCAAUCGCAGUCUCUUCACUAAAUCAACAUCAACAACAACAAAUUUUCUAAAACCCAUUUCAAUAAUCCAUCGAUCCAUAAGCCCACAACGACAAAAACUCCUAACCCACAUCAUUUCAACACCAAAGUUGUCUCAUUCUCGCAUUCGCUCUUCUUUUUCGCCUUUCUGUCACUCACCCAUUACUCCUAAUCCAAACCCCAAUAAUUUCCUCUUCUCGCUUUCCUCUUCUCAUUUCUCAAACCCUAUCACGAAUUCUGAUUUUAUCUUCGAAUUGCAUCAGAACGAGGGGCCUUUUACUUGGAACAAGGCACCAGAGAGUGCUGUUAAUGGUAAACUUAGCGUCUUUAGUGAUAAAAAACCAGUUGUGACUGUAGUUUUGCUUGGUUGGCUUGGAGCUAAAGAAAAACAUCUAAAAAAGUAUGUGGAAUGGUAUAAUUCAAGAGGGAUUCAUGCUGUUACGUUUGUUGUUGAUAUGAGAGAGUUGCGUUGUUUUGAUUUUGGGAAGAGAGUGGAGAAGAGGGUCACUACUUUGGCUAAUGAGCUUGUUUCUUGGGUUUCUGAGAAAGAGGAUGAUGGUAGAGAGAGGAGUUUGGUUUUUCAUACCUUUAGUAACACUGGUUGGCUUGUGUAUGGUUAUAUUCUUGGUUUCAUGCAAGAGAGGGAGGGAUUAAUGGAGAAGAUUAUAGGGUGUGUUUCUGAUUCUGGAGGUGGCGAUCAGUUCAAUCCGAAGGUCUGGGCUAGUGGUUUCUCUGCUGCCUUGCUGAAGAAACGCAGCUCUGCUGUGCCAAUCGUUGAGACCAAAGAAAUGAAUGGAUUAGAAAAUCAAGCCAUUGGAUCAAAAAUCCAAGAAAAGGAACCUGCAACGAUCGAAUCCAUGGUGCUAUCAGUAUUUGAAAUGCUAUUCUCUGUAGUUCUGAAGUUGCCAGAAGUGGAAAAGAAAUUAAUGAAGAUUGUGUCUACACUCUCAGAAAAGCAGCCUUCCUGUCCCCAUCUUUUCCUAUAUAGCACAGCGGAUAAACUUGUUCCGUAUCAAUUAAUAGAGUUGGAGGUGGAGGAUCAGAAGAGAAUGGGGAGAAAGGUAUUAUCCUACAAUUUUGAGUCAUCCCCCCAUGUAGACCACUUCAGAACUUUCCCAGAUAUGUAUUCAUCACUGCUUCAUAAUUUUUUGAAGGAGUGUUUUCUCGUAGCUAAGCAGAUUUGA